UCCAAGCUCCAACGAUACCGCCUCGCGAAAACAACUAAAAGCUACUGAAAAUCAAUUUUAAUUUUCUUAAGCACAAAAUAUGCUUUCUUCAAUCUGCCGUAGACGCUUUAAUCCAAUCCCAAUCCGAAUCCUCUUCUCUUUCAGUUUCAGUACCCAAUCUGUCGGUAAACCCACCUCAUAUUUUCAUCAAAGCAGCCCGAAAGUCCAACCAAUUUCACACAAUUUCGACCAAAACACCAUUUGCGAAACUCUUUCUUGCUAUGGCAGCGACUGGAAAAAGGCACUGGAUUUCUUCAAUUGGGUAGAGACCGAUUGCAAUUUCGCUCACACCACCGAUACCUACAAUCGGAUGAUUGACAUUUUGGGUAAGUUCUUUGAAUUCGAUCUUUCCUGGGACCUUAUUAGGCGAAUGCGGGAGAACCCUUUUUCGGUUCCCAAUCAUGCCACGUUUCGCAUUAUGUUUAAGAGAUAUGUAUCUGCACAGUCAGUUCAGGAAGCUAUAGAUACUUACGAUAAAUUAGAGGAGUUCAAUUUGAAGGAUUAUACUUCGUAUUGUUAUCUAGUUGAUGCACUCUGUGAGUACAAGCAUGUGAUUGAGGCAUAUGAAUUUUGUUUUGGUCGGAACCAGUAUGCGGAUUUUAAUGGGAAUGCUACUAAGAUUUUUAAUAUGAUUCUUCGCGGGUGGUUCAAGAUUGGUUGGUGGGGCAAGUGUAGAGAGUUCUGGGAGGAAAUGGAUAAGAAAGGUGUUGUCAAGGAUUUGCAUUCGUAUUCAAUUUAUAUGGAUAUUGUAUGCAAGGGUGGGAAGCCGUGGAAAGCGGUGAAGUUGUAUAAGGAGUUGAAGAGUAAGGGAAUAAAAUUAGAUGUGGUGGCAUACAAUACUGUCAUUCGCGCAAUUGGUCUUUCAGAAGGUGUUGAUUUUUCGUUGCGUGUGUAUCAUGAGAUGAAGGAGUUGGGUUGUGAGCCCAAUGUUGUGACUUGCAAUAUAAUUAUCAAACUGUUGUGCGAAAAUGGGAGGAUGAAGGAAGCGUAUAAAAUGCUUUAUAAAAUGCACAAGACGGGUUCUGAGCCAGAUGUGAUUACAUACCACUGCUUUUUUAGGUGCCUUGAGGAUCCAAAAAUGAUUCUUAGGCUAUUUGAUAGGAUGAUUGAAAAUGGGGUUCGCCCAAAAAUGGACACCUAUGUAAUGCUUAUUACAAAGUUUGGAAGAUGGGGAUUUCUUCGACCUGUCUUCAUAGUUUGGGAAAAAAUGAAAGAACUUGGUUGUAGCCCAGAUGAAUUUGCAUAUAAUGCUUUUAUUGAUGUUUUAAUUCAAAAGGAUAUGAUCGGUGAGGCUAGGAAGUAUGAUGAAGAGAUGUUAGCUAAAGGGCUUUCACCAAAGCCAAGGAAAGAGCUGGGGACGAAGCUGGAGCUAUAAUGGUUGUUCAUUUGGUUGAACAGUGAAAUCUGUAGCUGUUGAUGGCUAAAUCACCAUGCAGAGAUUCUUUAAGGAAGUCUAAGAAUACCUAUACAAACAAAAACUAAGACCUGCAACCGCCCAUCCUCUUCCUCCUGGAAACAAAGGAUGGCCAGUUAUAGUUGAAUCCGCGGAGUUUGGCAGGGCUAGUAGAGUUGGUGACCCUGCAAAGUUCAUCAAUGACAGAGAAGGCCGGUACUCAUCCAACGGUUCAGAACGAACACCAUUGCUUGGUGAAAACGUGGUCAUGUUCUGUGGUGAGUCCGCGAACAAGUUCUUGUUAUGUAAAGGAAAAUUCCGUGGCAUGCUCCUUGAAGUUCUUAGGAUCAAUUCUCUGCAACAUUACAUACCACCAAUCAUGGACUCAAUGACAAAGGAACAUUUGGAAGCAAACUGGUAACCUUGCAAACAUUUGAAAGCUUUUCCACUCGUAAAGAAUUUGGCGCUAGCUUUCACUGCCAUUGUAGAGGGCGUUCUCUCCAUCCCCCAAUCAAUUUUUCAGGCAUGCCAUAUCGAUGAGCUCUGAAAGCAAGCAAAAUCAUACAUGAAAAUCUCUUUUCCAUUAUCGAGAAAAGGAAAUUGGAGUUAUCGGAACAUAGAGAAGAAGAAUCAACAGCUCCGGAUUUAUUGACUCACAUGCUGCUCCAGACAGAUGAGAAUUGCAAACCUCUAUUCAGUGAAAAAGAGAUUAUCCACUGUAAUUUUAGGCUUGUUAUUUACAAGCCAUGACACUCCCUAACUAGUUCCAUUAACGUUCG